AUGCGGCGGCUCCCGCUGCUGCUGCCGCUGCUGCCGCUGCUGCCGCUGCUGCUGCUUCUCGGGAUGGGGCUGGGAGCGCCGGGCGAGCCGGGGGAGCCGGAGCCGCUCGCCCCGUCGGGCGCGCAGUGCCUGCAGCACGCGUGUUUCGCCGUGUUCUGGGGGUCGCGCCCGUUCGCGGCGGCGAGCGCGGGGUGCGAGCGGGGCGGGGGGCACCUCAUGACCGUGCGCUCCACCGUGGCCGAGGAGGCGAUCGCGCUGCUGCUGCAGAACCGCGGCGGGCGGCUGUGGCUGGGGCUCAGCCUGGCGCCCUCCCUGCGCUGCACCGAGCCCGCCCGGCGGCUCCGCGGCUUCCGCUGGGUCACCGAGGACAACCGCACGGACUACACCAACUGGGCGCCGUCGGGGCCGCGCUGCGGCGAGCGCUGCGUGACCGUGUCGCGGGAGCUGCGCUGGGAGGAGCGGCGCUGCGAGGACCCCGCCGACGGCUUCCUCUGCGAGUACAACUACGGCAGCAGCUGCCCGCUCCUGCCGCCCGCCGAGGGGCUCCCCGUCAGCUACACCACCCCCUUCGGCGCCCGCGGAGGGGAGUUCCUGGCGCUGCCGCCGCGCAGCGUGGCCUCGGUGCCCGCCCUGGGGCUGGAGCUGCGCUGCGACGAGGACGGCGAGGGCGGGCGGCUGCGCUGGGGCCGCGCCGAGCCCGGAGCGUGGCCGUGCCGCCUGGGGGGCGGCGGCUGCGAGGGCGCCUGCGGCGAGGGCGCGGGCGGGCCGCGCUGCUCCUGCCCCGACGGCGCCGUGCUGGGCCCCGACGGGCGCGGGUGCCGCUCGCCCUGCGCGGGGGCGCCGUGCCAGCAGCACUGCGUGGUGUCCGGCAGCUCCUUCGUGUGCAUGUGCGACGCCGGGUACCACCUGGGCGCCGACGGCAGCUCCUGCGAGGACAACGACGACUGCGCCAGCGAGCCCGGGCUGUGCGAGCAGCUCUGCGUCAACACCAUGGGCGGCUUCGAGUGCCGCUGCCACCCCGGCUACAGGAUGGUGGACGGGCACUGCCAGCGCGAGUCCCACUGCUACAGGGCGCCCUGCGAGCAGAGCUGCGAGGACGUGCCCGGCGGGUACCGCUGCGGGUGCUACGACGGCUACGCCGUGGACCCGCGGGACCCCGCGCGGUGCCAGAUGCACUGCAGCGACAGCCAGUGCCCGCCCCUGUGCGACCAGUACGGCGAGGGCUGCGAGUGCCCCGAGGGCUUCCUGCUGGACGACGACCAGCUCUGCGUGGACAUCGACGAGUGCGACAUGAACUACUGCGAGCACAACUGCACCAACCACCCCGGCGGCUACCGGUGCCACUGCCCCGCCGGCUACCGGCUCGUCAACGACAUCGACUGCGCCCCGCUCCCGGAGCAGGACGCGGAGGGACCGCCGUUCUCGGGGGAUUUCGAAUCCCAGACGCUCCCUCCCCACACGGCCGUCCCGCGGACGCCCGCGCCCAGCCGGACCCCACCGAAGGCGGAGCCGCUCCACCCCGGCGCCCUGGUGGGCAUCGCGGUGGGCGCCGUUUUGACCGCCCUGGCCCUGCUGGCUCUGGGCUACCACCUGGCAAAGAAGCGCUGCCGGCCCCCCGCCACCAUGGAUUACAAGUGCGGGGGCCCCCACGAGAAGGAGCUCGGGCUCCAGCCGGUCGCCUCGGGCUGUGCCGGCCCCGCACAGAAACUGUAGGGACUGCGGGCAGGGCGGAGAGAGGGAGGUGGACUGAACUGGCCGGCUCUUGGAACACUGGCGCCAGAGAGCCAGGAAGGCAGAACGCGCGGAGGCUGCUCCGUUCUUGCUCUGUUCGUUCCUGCUCCGUUCAUUCCCGCUCCGUUCCCGCUCCCUUCGCAGGCGGCAGCCGGCAUUCAGCUUUCCUUUUCCCGAGCCAGUGGUGGGGAAAAGCCCCAAGGAAAAACCCAGGAGGGACGACUCCGUCUGGAACUGACUCUUAAAUCCGCGUGGACCGUCUGACUGACUCGGUGGGGACUGUGGAAGGUCGCCCGGCCCCCAACCCCUCUCCCUCGGGCCAGGCUGGAGAGGAUGGUUUUCCGGGAUUGGGAAGCUCCUGCCUUUGUCUGGAGUCGGGUUAAUUUGUUUUAAACUGAUGGCCGAUGGAAGCAGGAGCAAAGAUGAUGUGGGCAGCACUUUAUGUGGCCCCUCUGCCCCCCGUGUCUGCACCGUGUCCCCCCCAUGUCGUGCCUCAUCCCCGAGCACUUUCCACCUUAAGUCACUGGUGGCAGCGGUGACCCAACUGAGUGUCACCCGGGGGGGACACACGACUAAAAUGCCUGAUUCCUGUUCCCUCAAGUUAUUUUGGGGCUCUCUGGGGGGGUGUGUGGAGGUUAAACAGGGACACGACACUGCCGGGGUGGGUUUUUUUCCGUGGCAGGGAAGGUUUGCGGCACCGCGGAGCCUCGUGUUCCCCACCCAAUUCCUUCCCCGAUUUCCCACCCUGGUUGCAUUCAAACCGAUUCAAGGUGUUUUUACAAACCCACUCACGACCCCUCCUGCCCAGAGGGAUUUUUCCUGUUUUCCCUUGACCGAGGCUGAGUUUAAUCCAUGCUGGAACUCACAGCAAAACAUUCCCACGGGGGCAGGAUCCCGCCCGCUGCCUACUUUCCAGCCACGGCCUGGGGGGGAAAAUCUGGAAAAGGCUGUGUUUUUCCAGCUCCUUCAUUCCAUGGGGGUCCUGCUCCGGCAGCCAUGGUGGGGUGAAGCCGGCGGCUGCUGGUGGGAAUGUGGGAGCGGGUGCUGACAGCUUUAUACCAGUGAAAUAUCAUCCCAGAGCAGCAGUUUGCUUUCCCACAGGAAGUUUUGCGGGCCCAGGGUCAGAACUGGGGGGGUUCUGUUCCCCCCCACACCCCCUCCCACAUACUAUGAACUCGCUAUCAUGCAACAUCCCCCCUGGAAUGCUGAACAUACGAUUCAAAUUCCAAGGAAAAUCAAAAUAGUUGUGUGAACUGUGGGUUUCCUAAAAGGUUGUUGCCCCCGGGGUCGGGUGACUGAGGGUCCUGUCAAUAGGCAAUUAGAGGGAAUGAUUUAUUGCAAAUAUAAGUCUGUGGCAGGAUUAUUUUGGAACAAUUUGCUUGCAAUGGAAAGGAGGGAUGGAGCUGUUUGCAUUAUCUAUAGAAAUGGAGCAAUAUCAACAUAUAAAAGGAGCCACUUAAGAAAAUAUAUAAGGAGAAGAAAGAAAGAGAAAGAAGGAUAAGAGCAGACAGUAGAAAGAUCCCACCCAUGAUGGGACUUCACUGUUGCCAUUUUGAUGUGUGAUGGUCACAGCCUUGAUCCAUCAGGGGUGGGGGAAGCCCCCAAAAUACAAAAGCUCCAAGGGUUAAUACACCUUCAGGCUCAGGUGGGAACACCCGGGUACCUCCCCUGCCUGAUCCAACGCCGUGGAUCACACACAGCCCUCUGCAGGGAGCCCCAGAAAUGAGUCUGGGGGCACCUCGGGGGUCUUUGAUGGUUUAUGACCCCUUCUAAGACGUGACCACGUUUGACCCUGAGCCAGUUAUGCCCUGUCAGAAGGGAUGAGCAACUCCUGGUUUAUGGGAUAGCUCCUGGGGGGGGAGGACACUGCUGUGACAAGAAGCAUCAUCCCACCUUGCAGGAGCUGCUCCUUCCUGGCCUUUUCCCUCGUCUGGCUCAAACCUCUCAGCUUGUUGCUUCAACCAAGUCUGUUUGUCGUGGUCGCCCUCCGGUGUCUUACGCAGGUCAGAGGUUCUGCCACCACACCCCCAAAAACUCUGCUCCUCCCCUUCCGUGCUUGGCUCAAAUUCCCCCUGUGGUGGUUAAUCCUACGAAAAGUGCCUUAGCAGCGUUUGAGACACGCAGAUGUCUUUAAUUCCUUCCCCAAGGUUCAGCCCCCUGUUUUAUACCCCCGGCACGUUUUGUAAAUACUUAUUUAUUUAUUGGAAUUAUACCCUCCGUGAUGUCACGCAGCGAUUCUGCGUGGAGACCAAAUAAAGCUUUUACAGUCUGGUUUAUAGAAA